AUGGCAAUCUCUGGUAGCUACCACCAUGCCCAGCCCAUGGAUGAGCUUCGUCCGCUGGCGAUGGCCGAUAUAUUUCGCCAUUUAGAACGCCCUGCGGAAGUGGAGCGCCUUUCGCAUCUGAAGGACAUUGUGAAAACGCACAGAGAGCGCUUUCUGCACACCAUACUGAACAACACCGAAGUGCACAAUCUCGACGAGCUGUUGUCCUUCGAGCUGGCCAAAUAUGAAGCGGCCGUUCAACAGGCGGCUGAGGGAGGGCUACUCAUUGUGGCCGACAAAGACUUUCCAGAGCCCUACGAGCGAUGGAGCAUCCUGCAAGCUGUGUUCUUCUCAUCGACUGUGUUAACCACCAUAGGCUAUGGCAAUAUUGUGCCAGUGACGACCGGUGGUCGGGUGUUUUGCAUUUGUUUCGCCCUCAUCGGCAUCCCGUUCACCCUCACCGUGAUUGCCGAUUGGGGUCGACUGUUUGCUACCGCAGUCUCUGUGUUUGGCAAACACAUGCCCACCAAACCAAAGUUUACCAACUUUAUUGGCAAAACCUGGUUCUAUGCCAUUUUGGCCGUCGGCUUUCUGGGCGUUUACUUGGCCGCUGGAGCUGGUCUUCUCCUGCUCUGGGAAGAUGAUUGGACAUUCUUCGAUGGCUUCUACUUUUGUUUCAUCACCAUGACAACCAUCGGAUUCGGUGAUUUGGUGCCAAAGAAACCCAACUACAUGCUACUGUGCACAUUGUAUAUUCUCAUUGGCCUGGCCUUGACAUCGACCAUCAUUGAGCUGGUGCGCAGGCAAUAUGCCACCAGUUGGGCCAAGCUGCAGGAGCUAUCUGGUCCCAUGGCGGAGACCCUACGUCGCUUGGGCGAAACAGCGGGCACGGGCCUGGAUUACACAGCCCUGCAGAAGGUGCUUACGGUGUCCAUGCCCAAAUGGAAUAGCAAGAAGAACGAGCAUAGUCCCGAUAUUGCGGCCCUGGAAGCCAUCACGAAUGCCAUUUUGAAGGAGGUGAAGGAGGCGCAGAACAACAAGCCGAAGGUCCUGCAGAUCGUCAUCUACGAGUCCUCCGUUUAGGAUUAUGCAAAUAUUAAACAAAAAUCGGGGGAAAGAAACCAGACAGCGAGAGAGAGAGAGAGAGCUUCCAACGAUGAAAAGUGCUGCAUAGUUUUGGGCGAGCGGGCAGAAAUGCAAAAAAAAUAUAUAUCAAGCGAAAUAUCAAUUGUAGUUAGGCUGCCGAUCGUCAACCACAUGUUACAGUGGACACUGGCUACUGUAGCACUGCCAGACUUCCAUAAGUUAGUGUCCGUACUUAUAGCUAUUAUAUAGUCAAAUGUCUAGGCAAUAAUAUUGCUCAUACGUACACACACACACACACACUCACACAUGCAAAGCACGGCAGGUGAUUUAAUAUCUAUAGUAAUAGAAAAUCUUUUUUUUUUAGUAAUUCUAACCGUAUGAGGUAGCUUAGGUUAUUGGUAAUCUUAAUCGUAACUCUUGUCCAUACCAUGCAUAAAUGUCAUCUUAAAAAUAA